AUGGCAUGUGAGAACUUGGUGAGGUGCUGCUCAGGACUGCAAGUCUUGUACAUUUACUUCCGCAUCCGUGACUGGCCUAUGAGCCUCGAGAUCGGCGAACCAUGGUCAUUGCCAAUGAUGGCCUUUGCGGAAUACAAAGGUAAAGGCGGCUUGGACGUCGUGACCAUUAAUCUCGACAUGCCGAGAUUUGGGGUACAGAAGUUGAAGAAUAUGGCAAAAGCCCUCGAGAAAAGAUUUAUGAAGCCUGAGGCGUUUCAGAUCAGGGAGGAUGAGCGACUGGCUAGAGAGUUAAGUUGCUCUUUCAUGGAAUUGCGGGUAGAGGGACAUGACUGA